GCUCGUUUUCCUACUACUGAUUCUCGUUACUGGCAAUGGCGAGCCAUAGAGUACAGCAACUGUCCCUGCGACGACCGGCGACCGUCGUCCGAGAACGCUCGGACACGGACCCGGACGACAGGUUCCAUCGUGGGCGCAGGGUCCGGCCUCCGUCCCGCUACAACAAGCCUCCUCCGCGCACAAGAUCGUCGUCGCAAAGCCCGCCGUCCACAGAGCAAGACGAAACUGCGAGUUACAAUGACGAAAACACGUCAAGAUCCCGAUCCCCGUCGCCUGCGCCGGCCAAAUACCGCCCUAUUGUCACCGUCGACUGGCGCAGCGAGCUUUGUCGCUUCCUUAACCUGUCGAACCAAAUCACGGACAACGAAAUCUUUGAAGCGCUAGCAGACACGGAGGCAAAGUUGAGGGAUGCCGAAAGGCUCAAAUACCAGUACACGGCCGACCCAGGCCCACCGCGAUCACAGGUCAUGCACAGGAUAGAUUGUCAACAUGAAGAGACAAGCAUGAUCUACCUGGAUGAACCGUGGCCAGUCGAGAGUGGCCCGUAUCAUUCACACCUCAGAGGCAGCCGGCCGGUUGCAAACCUUGAGCUUUACCUCGAGCGCAACAAGAACAUCAGUUUCCUUGUGUUUCGGGAGUACCGAUGCUGCCAUCGCUCGAUUAGAUGGCAAAGCAUGACCGAUACCAACCAAUCUACUACCGCUGACCUGUCGCUCUUCUUCAGUGGAGAGUACAUUGAUCUCAAUUCACCCGAUGCACGUCUUGCUUUGGAGACAUUGUCAGAGCUGGCAUUGGCUGGCAUUCAUCAUCCACAUUUUGAUGAAAACGAUGGAACUGCUAAAAGUAUCUCCUAUCCGUACCUCUGGUGGUUCCAUCGUCGUCAUGAGAUUGCCUUGUCGAAGACGGCAAUGGACCCCACCCUCCAGCAGCAUGUCGAUGUCCUUCAAACGUAUAUGGAAGAUCGCUUGCAGCCAGAAUGGACAGCUGUCGACGACCUGACUGCAAAGGGGAAGAUAACUUUAGACUUGUUGAGAUACAUAUUUGUGCCGAACGACAUUAUUAUAUCACAGACCAGAGGCAAGGAUGUCUCACAAUUGAUGGGAUCCACUGCCAUAGACUGGCUAUCGAUAGAUACCGUGUCCAAGGAUUUGAAGUACCUCAGAGCAGCGAUUCUAGUUGAAGUUUGGGAAUUUGAUGGUUCUUUUCACAAGGCAGUCAGCAGAUGGCCACUAGACUACCCUCCGGUCAACUCAUGGUCAGAGAGUUUCGACAUAACAAGCCUUUCAGUUUAUCCGGCCCGUUUUGCCAAGAAUAGUGUCGUCGAAGGGCUUCGAGGCCGUGGGAAGAUGUUUUGGGCAUGCCGCCAUCGAAAAUACGUCUCCUACAUCAAGGAAGCCUAUUGCGCUGCACAUCCUGUGAACGGAUCAAGGUUCAUGGUCGAUUUGGAGACCUACAUGAAGAUGCAUCCACCCCCUCCACCGCUACAACAGCAAGCACCCCGCCAGUCAUCUUUUCAGAAAGAAAGUCCGCCAUUGGAUUUGAUGAGCGACAUUCCGCCCGCAGAUGACACUUUCUUGAUGUGUCUUCCAUCGACAAUGAAAGGCUUCGACAUGGAUUCGAAAACGUGGAGGACUUUGGAAGUAGCCUUUAUGCAAGACGUGGUCUGGAAUCGAGAAGCGUUCGAAGACUUGGUUAUCGAACCGAAGACCAAAGACUUGGUCAAAGCUGUGGUCAUGAACCGCCUGACAUCUGAUGAAAACACAGAUUUGAUACAAGGAAAGGGCAAUGGACUAUUUAUACUUCUCCAUGGAGGGCCUGGCACUGGGAAAACACUUACGGCCGAAAGUGUCGCGGAAAUAGCCGAAAAACCGCUUUACAAGGUCACUUGUGGUGACGUCGGAACGAAGCCUGACGAGGUAGAGGAGUACCUGAAAGUGGUAACCCUUCUUGGGAAGACAUGGGAUUGUGUGGUUCUCCUAGACGAAGCCGACGUGUUCUUGGAACAGCGUUCGCUCUCCAAUCUCAAAAGAAAUGCACUGGUCUCAGUGUUCUUAAGAGUGCUCGAAUACUACGAUGGAAUAAUGAUCUUGACAACAAACCGGGUUGGGACUUUUGACGAGGCCUUCAAAUCCAGAAUUCAACUGAAUCUACGUUACAACAACUUGGAUGAGGAGAAACGGUUCAAGAUUUGGACUAAUUCCAUACGGCGGCUUGAGUUAAAGCUCAAAACUCAAGACAAGAUACCCCAUAAUUACGGGAUCGACUCGGACAGUAUUCAAAGCCAGCUGCGAAGCCUCGCUGCUGAGAAUCUCAACGGUAGAGAAAUUCGGAACGCAAUCUCCACGGCCCGACAGCUUUCUUCGUUCAAGCGGGAGGCGUUGCAUUACGAUCACUUAAGCAGUGUUAUAAGUGAAGCGCAGCACUUCGAGAAAUAUCUUGUCAAGCUCCACCAAGGGCACUCAGCUGAUGAAAUCCAGCAUGAUCUGGAGGCAAGAUGAAGAUAACGGGUUCAUUUCCG